CUGGAUUACUUCUACACCCUGCAGGAGUCACCACUGCAAGUAACUUCUCAUAUGUUGUGAGAGGUUUAAUUCUUGCCUUACCUUUCACUACCUGCUUACCUCUCAUGUUUGCACGUGUGCAGUAUUUUGACGCUGCGGUUAAACAGAUCAGAGAGCAUCAGCUUGUGAGAGACACGGGCAGAUGAUGGAACCUGUCCACCUCUCCCUUGCGCUCUUCUUCCUCUUCUUCUCUCCUGUGGGAGGCCAGUGGUGGAGUUUCUUUUUCGCAAAUCCUAAAACCACCACCGUUCCUCCUUCUGGUACCUCUCCAACCAUCAGUUCCCCGGGAUUUUCUCACACGCCGGCCACAGCAGCAGAGUGGGCAGUAAAAGUGGGCGAGGUGACAGAGAAAGUUGUGGAUGGUGCACACACAGAAGGGUCUAUGUUGACCCCUACUCAGCCCAGCACUGGAGUGUCACUGUCUGGUUUUACCACUGCAAAUCACUGGACAUUCCCUAAAGAGAAGGCUGCAGGUGGAGGCAGUAAAAGCAGGUCCCCAUACAAACCUCUGAAACGCUGGAAGAGUGAGCAAGGCUCAGGAAGUUAUCUGAACCUAACGGAGUUAAUUGGCUUCCCCCUCCCUCCCUCUGUCUCCUUCGCUCCUGGCUUUGAGGGUCACCCAGCCUACAAAUUCGGACCUAAAGCCAAUAUCGGCCGACUCACCAGAACCUUUGUGCCGGGGUCGUUCUAUCGGGACUUUGCUAUCAUCGUCACGGUGCGUCCAAGCAGCCAGAGAGGCGGCAUGCUCUUUGCCAUCACUGAUGCCCAACAGAAGGUGGUGGAGCUGGGAUUGGCCCUCACUCCAGUUCGCGGGGGCUUCCAGAACAUCUUACUCUACUACACUGACCAGGAGCAGGCCUCCCACAGCCAUAAAGCGGCUACUUUUCGUGUCCCAGACAUGACUGACCAGUGGACACGAUUCACGGUGGUGGUGGAGCAUAAUGAGGUCCGUCUCUACAUGGACUGUGGAGAGGCCGAGAGGAGGAACUUCCAUCGGAGGCCAGAGAAACUCACCUUCUCACAAAACUCUGGCGUUUUUGUAGCUAAUGCAGGAGGCACAGGGCUUGACAAAUUUGUGGGCUCUAUUCAGCAGCUAGUCAUUAAAGACGAUCCCAGAGUGGCCGAGGAGCAGUGCGAAGACGACGAUCCUUAUGCCUCAGGGUACGCCAGUGGAGACGAUGCUCUGGAUGACAGAGAGACAGAGAAAGACAUGAGGAAGACCUCAGAGGAGAGAAAACCUGCAACAGUUCAGGUGGGCAGUGUUCCUGUUAGUGCUCCGCCCACUAAGGCUCCAGAGGAGUUUGAGGAUUUUUCUCUUCACACGGGCCCAACAGAAGCCAGUACGGAACUGAUAAUAGGGCUACACCAGACAGAGGAGCCAGGAGAGCGACCAGGAGCUGAUCAUGUCAGGUUAAAAGGAGAUCGCGGUGAUCCUGGCCCACCUGGCCCACCUGGUCCACCAGGUCCUCCCACUGUAUUCAGAGAGACUAAGCUUGAAUCAUUUGGGCCACAGGGACCACCAGGAACUCCUGGAUCUCCUGGUAUACCAGGAAGAGAUGGACACAAGGGAAGCAAAGGCAAUAAAGGAGAUCCAGGCCAACAAGGGUCUCAAGGAUUUCCAGGCUUGAACGGAGAAGUUGGAGCUAAAGGAGAGAAGGGAGACCCAGGAGUUGGUUUACCAGGCCCUCCAGGCCCCCCUGGCCUCCCUGGACCUCCUGGACUCCCCAGAUCACGCAGCGUGCCUUAUGGACCAGAUGCCCUGGGUUCUGGAUUUGAAGACCUGGAAAGUGAUACUGAACUCAGGGGUCCUCCUGGCCCACCAGGGCCUCCAGGACCUCCUGGUCCCCCUGCACCCCACCUGUCUUCAUCUGCCACCCCUGAAGGACUCUCUCCUGGGCAUGCUGGACCACAUGGUGCACCUGGCAGAGAUGGCACCAAAGGUGAACAAGGAAUACCAGGUCCAGUGGGAAAAGAUGGCGCUCCCGGUGCACCUGGGGCUGCAGGUGAGAAGGGUGAGCGAGGCCUACCUGGGCCUCCUGGACCAAAGGGUGAAUGUGGGACCGUGGGUGUUCCAGGAACUCCAGGGCUUCAAGGGCCAAUUGGUCCACAAGGAAAGAGAGGCCUGCCAGGUCCACCAGGACCUUCUGGCCCACCAGGGCCUCCAGGAACCAAAUUCUUUGCAGAGGAUAUGGAGGGAUCUGGCAAGAUUGAUAUGAUCCUUGGAACUGGGGUCAGUGGCCCACAGGGUCCACCUGGCCCACCAGGACCACAGGGUGAGGAUGGGGCCCCAGGAGCUCCAGGGCUCUCUGUCAAGGGUGAACCAGGAGACCGAGGACCAGAGGGUCAUCAGGGUCCUGCUGGACUUCCAGGAGUUAUGGGGCCCAAAGGAGAGAGAGGCAGUCCAGGAGCCAAGGGUGACAGAGGAGCCGAUGGACUCAGUAUCCCAGGACCACGUGGGCCUCCUGGACCUCCUGGACCUGCCAUUAAUCUACAUGAUCUGCUCAUUAAUGUCACAGAGGGUAUCUUCAACAUCACAGAGAUCAGAGGACCACCCGGGCCUAUGGGUCCUGAAGGCCUGUCUGGCAGAGCUGGAUUUCCAGGCCCCAGGGGACCAAAGGGAGACAUAGGACCUACGGGUGUCCAGGGCCCCCCAGGGCUUAAAGGAGAGAAAGGAGAACCGGGGGUGACAAUUGCUGCUGAUGGAUCCCUUCUGUAUGCACCGAGAGGCCCUCAAGGGCCCAAAGGUGUAAAGGGUGACCGUGGAUUCCCAGGACCGACUGGACACAUGGGUCCAAUAGGCCCUCCUGGACAAAAAGGAGAAUACGGCUUUCCUGGGCGCCCAGGGCGACCUGGUAACCCGGGAAUAAAAGGUGACAGAGGAGAUUCUGUUGGCCUACCGGGACCUCCGGGUCCUCCCGGCCCACCCGGACUUCCAGGAAGAAUUAUUGGUUUGAAUGGAGAGUCAGUGAGAAGGGGAGAUUCAGUUGGAAUUAAAGGAGACAAAGGAGAUGAGGGAUUACCUGGGGAGCCAGGGACACCUGCACUUGGGUUUCCAGAUGGAACUGUGGGGGCUAAAGGUGAUCAGGGAUACAAAGGUCAGAAGGGAGAAAAGGGGGACACAGGCCUGCCCGGCCAUCCAGGGCUGCCAGGAAGGUCAGGACUUGUGGGUCCCAAAGGGGAGUCCAUCAUUGGUCCAAAGGGUCCUGCUGGUUCUCCCGGUCAGCCUGGACCUCCGGGAUUUGGACGACCUGGACCCCGAGGUCCCCCUGGCCCUCCUGGGCCCCCAGGACCACCACCUCCAUAUGGAUCAACUGUCAGUAUUCCCGGCCCUCCUGGUCCUCCAGGUCCACCAGGCUCUCCGGGAUAUGCAAACCCUAUAACCACCUAUCAGAUGAUCCACACCCUCAACCAAGAGGCACACCGUGCUGCUGAAGGUACCUUGGCAUAUGUGUCUGAAAGAGGAGGGGAGCUGUAUGUCAGAGUAAGCAAUGGCUGGCGCAAGAUCCAGCUCGGAGAGCUGCUUCGUUAUGAACCUUCCUCAUCAGACACAUCUCAGUCCCUUAGCAGAGCUGCAGACUGGAGUAGACCCCACAGGAUACUCAGCCAGGAGCUGCAGGAGGGCAGCAGAGGAUAUCAGCCCAGUUACAACCUGCUACCACAGAGCUUCAAUGCAGUAGCUGGGCUUCAUCUGGUAGCACUGAAUGCCCCGCUCAGAGGGGAUAUGCGUGGCAUCCGCGGAGCAGACUUCCAAUGUUACCAACAGGCGCGCUCCGUGGGGCUCACCUCCACCUACAGGGCCUUCCUGUCGUCGCACCUCCAGGACCUGGCAACCGUUGUCAGAAAGUCUGACCGCAACGAUAUGCCUGUGGUUAAUCUGAGGGGUCAGGUGUUGUUCAGCAGUUGGAUGUCCAUCUUCUCUGGGAACGGUGGCGUGUUUGACCCAUCCACACCCAUCUACUCCUUUGAUGGACGCAACGUUAUGACCGAGCAAGCCUGGCCAGAGAAGCUGGUUUGGCACGGCUCCAGCACCACGGGCAUCCGUCUGACCGCUAACUACUGCGAGGCGUGGAGGACGGCCGACGUGGCGGUGAUGGGUCAGGCUGCCCUGCUGCAGACGGGACGACUGUUAGGACAGCACAUCCGCUCCUGCUCCAACCACUACAUAGUGCUGUGUAUAGAGAACACAUAUGUGGGCAACAUGCCUCAAAGGAGGAACUGAGCAAAAACACACAAACACAUGCAGGCAUGAUCUAAGUAGAAAAUGUGACACAUGAAUGGGAAACACAUGUGGGCACAUACACACAUAAUGAAGUACUUCAGCUCCCACAUGCAAACAUACAGAGAAAUACUCCCACACUAACAUGCACACAUAUUUAAAGUGGACUUCUUAUGCUUAUUUCCAGGUCCUUAUACUUAGUCUUGGACUGUGCUAGAGUAACUUUGCUUGAUUCACAAUUUAAAAUAAUCCUUAUUCAUCUUAUACUGGUGAAGUCCUUCAGUGCAUCCACUGUCUGAAAAGAAAAAAAAAAAAAGUUUCAGCUCAACUUUUUAAGCAAAGUUCCUUCUGAUUGGCUGCCCCUCAUAAACACAAUCUGACUGUGGGCCUGACAUGACCAUAUGAGGGAUAUCCACUCACUCAUAAAGGGGUGGAGAGGCUGAGCUCACAAGUAUUAUCUACACAUACAUUGACCUCAUUAUUUGAAGCUUUGGUCAUCCUUAUAACACUUUGACAGUAAAUAUAUGAUAGAAAAUAUGACAGAAAAAAGGAAAAGCAUAGUAGGUCCUCUUUAAGUUGUCUUCAUUUUGGUUUCAUGUUUAGCUCCCACUCAGAGCUAGGUGUAAUCCUGCGGUUCAUACAUGUCUGUCCAUGUCCACAGUUCCCUUAUUUCUAGUCACUAUAAGCACAGCAUGACACAACAGAGAAUUGUGCCAUUUAAUUACAGUAGAACUGAGUACCUCAAAGCACCAUACCAGGGGUUUUUGCACUGUGUGCUUUGUACUGAUUUUUGUUAGGUUGUGUGAAGAAAAAUUGUGGCAUGAAAAGUGGUUAGAUGUGAAACUAUGUACACUAUACUGAGUGAGCUGAACUUUGCAAAAUCUCUGGUAUGGUCUACUAGGUCUCCGUCUUCUUCCUUUCUAUCAAUCCUAGUGUUGAUUUUUCUUUUUCCCUUUUUUUGUGGAACGGAAAAAUUUCCACCUCAUUUCUGUUGCCACCACAGUGUUGGAGGUUGGAGCCUUCUGCAUCAAAUAGGCUGCAGUUAUGUAGCAAGGAGUUUUUAAUUUUUAAUUUCUCACAAAUAUUAGUCAAACGUUGAAACUGUGCUUUGAUUGGGCGCUAUGUGUGGUGCUUUGGUGAGCCUGUGUGUCAGCAGCAGGGCAGCGUGUGUGACAUGGCGUCAAAAUAAACCAGUGUGUGUGUGUGUGUGUGUGUGUGUGUGUGUGUGUGUGUGUGUGUGUGUGUGUGUGAGUUCAAAGUUAGCCGGUGCAGCAGUGAAUCUAUGCCACCAAGAAUUACGGCAGGUCUGAAAGCAAAACAGGGUCCAAACUGACAUUAGCAAAGUGUAACUAAUGAAGUAGCCAAUGAGUGUAUGUCACACAGUAGGUUAGUUUUCCUUGCGAUCAGCUGACCUGCGACUCUGAGGUUUACUGCUCUUUGCAGGUUUAGCUAACUGCAUUCUACAAUAUAUAAGCAGAUUUUACAUGAGCUAAAGAGGAUGCUCAUUUUAAAUUCAGAGUACCCCUAACCAGACCAACAUACACCAUUACUGUAAACUUUACUACCUUUACUGCAAAUCUUAGAUUAGUCUGCACUUACUGUCCAGUAUCCUACACUCACAUAACCUUUGAUUAUCACAAAUUUGUUUUCACUCAUUUCAUAUCUAUAAGUAAUAUCAGGUCUGGGCACAUGAAAAACGAACUCACUUAAUAUGAUGUAUUAAACUGGAGAUCAUAUUAAUAACUCGUUAAUUUAAGGUGUUAUAGAUCUUCCAUCUCGCUUUAAUCCCUGCCUAUGGCAAUAUCUCAGCUGUAAAUAAAACGCAUUUAAAUUCCUCCUUGCUCACGCACAGCAUAACCAUCUUUUGUGUUUUCUUUUUUUUUUGGUCCACUUUUAAAACGGCUGGAAUUCGACUCAAAAAGCAUUUUACAGAUAAAAUAUCUUUUCCGAUUACAUUUUAAUUUGCUAUCGAAAAGAUUAAGCAAUUAAAAAAAAUUAGUAAAAAUCCAGCAGGGUGCAGCAUGCCUACAAAUAUACUACAAAUAUGAAACACUACAGGGGAUUUUGAAGGCUUCACUUUUACCCGCACUGUGCUGUAAACCACCAGUUUUGUUUACAUCAUUUUUCAAAGCUUUCAGAACAUCUUUUGUCCUGCUGCCUGCAAUAAUGCUUCAACAGUCACACGCCUGCUUUAUAGUGACAGUAUUAGAGUGGAAAUCCACAUUAAUUUAUACUGUAGCAGGGCCGAGUGUGAAAACAGCGAGUUCACAUUCAUAUUUGGUUGUUUGAGGUCAGAACAUGUAUAUACAUAUAUAUAUAUAUAUAUAUAUAUAUAUAUAUAUGUGUAUGUGUGUUGUCCAGAUGUUGUUUAUUUUUUACUGUGUAGAUGAUGUGUAGGUGUAGGUGAUGUAGGUUUUGUACACUAGACGACUGAAGGCCUCCUCUCACUACGCUUUGACUGAGUGUAGCUCAUUUUUCUGCUGUCUGAUUUUAAUGUCUCUGUUCAAACAAAACUUGAGCUUCUGAGGAAAAAGACAGUUUGUACUGACUGACUGGUGCUCACUGAAUAAAAUGCCAUGU